AUGUGGUAUUUGGAAUAUUAUCAACUUGAAAAAAUUUUUCAAUUAGAACUUUUUGAAGUAAUGAAGGAGAGUGUUAAGUAAAUUUAAAAUAUUAAUUAGUUAUGGUAAGCAAAAUUUAUUUGAUAAUGAUAUUUUUCCUAAAUUAAAAAGAAAAAAGUGA